AUGAAACAAAAUCACGAUAAACCACGCAUUAAACAACUGCCACCAAGCAACAAAGCAAGCAUUCGAAACAUCAACAACACCAACUUCAUCAACAUCAGUAACAACAACGCCUUACGAGAUCUCCUUAUUUAUUGCAUCACAUUAAUAAAUCACACAUUUGGUGACACGGACACGCACGCAGAGAACGGACGCGACACACACGCUCGAGGCGUAGACAUCAGCCACACAGCAACUCAGAAACAUCCUCCUAUGGCCUAUUAUCAAUCUUCAUACAACGCCAGUAGCGAUGAAUCUCCAUCAUCCUAUCCGGGUUUCACAAUCGCUAAACUUCCACCAAUAACAGUUCACCAGGACGCCGACGCCAACUCCGCCACCUCGACUGCACGCUGCUACAAGAAGACCAGACGUUCAAGCAAAUCGCGACUGCAUAAAACGGUGUCUGAUGAUUCACUGGCCAUUAGGUACAAACGAAUGAAGUGGGCGGUGGUCGUCAUGACAACGCUGAUGAUAGUCGCCAGCAUGUUGUUGGUCGGUGUCAGUCUAGCUAUGGCCGAACAUAUCGAUGAUUUGGGUAUGCCUAUCUGUAUGUCUGUAUGA